GCCAGCGAUUUGACUCUCGUCUUUGGCCACUGGCACCGAAAUCAUCACAAAGCACUGCUUAGCUGAAAUGCUUAGGAUAAGGUUUCGAGAUGAGGGGUUGGACACCAUGAACAGUGAUACGGCUGUUCUUCAACUUGACCUCCAUUUUCCCUGCUUCACUACCUAUUCCAUUCACCCAUCUCACGCCGCCGUCGCUCGCGGCACGAGCGUUGACGUUCUCGAUGUUCGAUUUGCCCUUCCUACUUCAGUUUGUUCUGCUCGCCUUUAUGCUCAUCGGCCUUGCAUUCCCUGGAAUCACAGUUGGAUUUCCGACCACUAGUACGAACGUUACAAUCGACGAUCAAGAUCCCGCUAUCUUUUACUCGGCCGGGCAAUGGAACUUGUCAAACUCUUACAAUUCUCUAGAUGUCAAAGGUUUCCACCAUCUCAGUGGUCAGUCAUCUGCGUUCGCAGUAUUCAAUUUUACAGGAGUCGCGAUUUACUUUCUAUCCCCGCUCUGGCCUUACGCUGUUGGAGCGCAGCUAGUGCUCGAUAAUCAACCUCCUGCCUUUGUGGAUCUACAAGACUAUUCUCGAUCUGUGAGCUUGAGUGGGGGUUCAGAAACUGUAUCUAGUGCGGUCGUUUGGGGAGUCGAGAAUUUGGAGUUGGGGAAUCAUAGCUUACGAGUUGAGUUUGCACAAGAGAAAUCCGAGUAUGUGGUGUUGGACGCAUUAAUAUAUUCGUCUAUUGACAACGCCACCGUUAAAAGCCCUGUAUCUUCUUUCGUCGGUGGAUCGAGUGUCAUGCCUUCCCCUACCGUUGUCGAGCAAACAAGCUCCUCUACUCCCGUAUCUCAUCAAUCUGGGACUUCAGCUGCUAUCGGAGCUGUGGUCGCCGUCGUUGUAGUACUCGUUAUAUUCGUUCUUGUCUUCCUUGUCUUCCGAUAUCGAAAACGCAAAGCUGCUCGAUUUCCACGCCUAAACAUUUGGGACGGUGAAGAUCAUCCAGCAGAGAAUCGCGACCAGAGUGGUAGUGUGAUGGAAUCAUCCGCGACGCACGAUGCGACGGUUUUGUCGAUGAGGAGUCGCUCUGCAGAGCGUUUGCUUCAGUCUCCUACUAAAACUUCCUCCACUUUGCCUUCGGCGUCGAAGUCUACUGUAGCCAUUUCUCCUCGUCUUCCACUUCCUCCAAUCAACACGAAACAACUACCUGCGCUACCACCACCCGACGAAGAAACACAGUCAGCUCUCAAAUAUACGAAGUCAAUAUUGUCAGCGGUGUCUAAAAGAUUUACUACCCCUGCUCCAAUUCCUCAAAGCGGGUCUACCGCGGAAUCUACCACCUCGUCUUUCUUUCCUCGUCCCAUUUUUGAUGAAGAUCACCGGAUGCUAUCGAUAUCCAGACAACACUCAUUUCGUGGUACAACAACACCUAUACUAACUGGCUCGGACGCGCUGGAUCCUGCGAAGGUCUCUAGGAUAGGAACGUAUCCAGGAGUGGCGACCAGUAAAGUCGAGUUACAGGAGGCGCGACGUUUUCCGGCGAAGCCUAUCACUCGCAACCUCGUUCCUCACCCUGCUAGUGAGAACGUGCAACCACCUGUGACAGUCGAAAUCUCUCGAAAAAAAAAUCAGUCUCCGCCCCCUUUACCAACCCAACCAAGCACGACCGUCAGCCCACACAUCUCUUCAUCUUCUGUUUCCUAUUCCGCGAAACGGAAAUCGCUGAACGCGCUUACGAUCAUACCAGAAAAUAGUGGUUCCCGGGGUAAGCUUGAUACGGAAGAGAUUAAUACAUCGUCUAACCGCACUGGAAAGCGUGUUUCUGGAGGAAAGUUAAGAAUGGAGAAAGAGAGGCAGCGAAGGCGACGUUCCAAAACUCCUGUCACCCCGCAAGGUCCUCGUUCGCGUCCUCUCCCUUCGCCUCCAGCUUUUCUCUCUGUUUCAGGCUAUAAUACACCUUUACCAUCUGCGUCCUCCGGCGGAUCUUCGAAUUCUGAAGCUUUGAGCAGCAAUGGAUCCGUUCCCACUGUGAAUUCUCAAUUUCCGAUCAAGGCCACGGUACAAGGGCACGUAGUCCAUAAACGUAGGCCUUUACCGCAGACAUUACCGGAGGCGCGGAGGUCGUCGUUACUUUUGGGCUCACAUAUAUUGGUUCCGCUGAGGAGUGUUUCUCGUGGGUUGUCUCCUGGAGUUGAUGGCGUCCGCUCUCGCGCGCUCUCGAUAAGCUCAAUAAUUCAAUCACAACCCGAACGUUUGAAAAGCGCUUUUAUGAGACAAGAUCAAGAGCUAAAGACACCUUUGAGCAGUUCUGAUUCCACUUGUACAGAGGAUGAUGAUGAUUACAAACAGGAACUUCGUGAUAGAAAUAUCGCUUCUCCCUCCCCCCGAUUAGAAUGGGAUCUACCCGUCCUUUCAUCCCUUCUAUCUCUGCCUGCCAUCAGUCUUUCGGACAAUGCCUUAACUGCGCCCUCGCCUGCCCUUCUCCCUAUUCCUACUUCCAAUAAACCAACACCUUUGAGACCUCGGAGUGGGCAGCCAGAACACUCACGUAGCCUCCCAUCCUCUCUACCCAGCCUGAAUGUAGUUCCACAGGAGCCAGCGGAUAACAAUAAUAAUCCUUCUACUUCUGUCAGUACCGCUGCACGAGGACCUUUACCUCCCACUCCUUCCGCACCACUGUCAGCCCGUUCGACUCCAGAGACUCGUUCCGGUGAUAGAUCGCCGCGCUCCCCAAGACGUUUACCCCCUGAACCCCUGCAGUUGAAGCAUACAAGGAUGGAAUCAUCUAAGGAGAUUACCGACGCUCCUGACGCACAAUAUCUCACUAUUCCGGGAGAUCUCAACGUCGCUCCGCCUCCGUAUUCUGGUCGUCGGUUUAGUCCGUCCAUGAUUCCACAGCCAAAAGCGCCAGCCCACCGGCUUUUUGCCCAGGAAGCCGUCCCGCUUGCUGAGGGAGAGCAGACAGAGCAAUUUCAGAAGGACCCUUCAUUACUCAAUUCUACCAGAAACUUUACCAGACGAGCCCUACAGAGCAUACCAGCAACCCCUUCGGAAUGGAGAACAAGUCCAACUGCGCUGUCUUUGACAACACCAGGUUCGAUAGGUCAGACACCUCAACAUCAGGAUGAUACUGCAGCAGAGAUGUUGUUUGAGUUACUUGAUGACGCCGGAUCUCCCUCAAGUACAGCUACAUCACAUACAUCGACAACCAUACGCCCACUUUCGAUACCUAAGAAAUCGAAUCAUAUAACAUCAGUGCCUCCCCCGCCACGGCAGUCUGUGAUGACACAUGGUAAGUCGUUGUCCGCGUCCCAGGAUUCUGCUGCAGCUAUUACAAAACGAUCAUAUCCGCACCAACCGCGACAAGAGUCUGUUACGCGAGUUCCGAGAAUAUCUCUGAUACCGGAAGAUGAAGCAGUACCACCAAUCACAUCUAGAUUGCUAUCACCACGAAAUCCUCUGAUCAUUCCUCCUCAUCCCAUUGCACCCCCACCUCCGCUGCCUUCGUUGCCUCCUGCAUCGACUCUAGCGCCUGCAGUGUUUUCGCCAUCUAAACCCAUCUCGAUCCGGAGUAAAGUGUGGAAUGCUCGAGAGAUAAAUUCUCGUGCUAAUGCACCUGUUGAUACCCAGGAUGGUAGUCGAAAUAUUGCUACUGCCUCUAGCAUAUCCAGAUCCAGAUCCAAUUCAGCUCCUCAGAGAACGGACUCUCAGACCACGCGAAUUAUCUACCCCCACGCCCGUACUGUCAUUACUGACGAUUUUACGUCUACAUAUGUGCCGUAGAUAUUUAUUCCCAAUAGUUACAAUUGCGUUUAUCGAAAAGGAUCCUGGCCAUAGAGACCUUGCCAAUAUACUGACGUCUGGAAAUGCAUCAGGUUCUAUCAGGAUCCAGCAAGAUUUCAUAUCACAAGGUGCUCGCCAUUUACCUUGUUCCCUACGGACUUCACAGCCCCUUCAAUAAUCCACUGCCUGUGGAAAGCUGUAGAUAGGUUAAAUUGCGGAUAUCACAAGUCAAAUAACUCUUCGUUCCAUGGUCCAGAAAAGGAAAGGAAACUGGUAUG